AUGUCUGAGGAGCUACCGAAGAGGCUUUUUAAGGAGGGCGAGGAGCCCCGAGUGACUCAGAUCAACAACAACUGCAGGAUCGACUACAUUAUCCGAAAGUUCCAAGCGUGGCUGCCAAAGGAGUUGGAUGUUGUGAAGAAAGAUUCGGUUUUUCAUCAGAUUUUUAAACUCCAUGAGAAUGGUCUUGGAUACCCCGCGAGGGUGAUACACAGCUUCUUGUGUAGGGAGCUGGUGACUUACUUACAGCACGAGCUUUGGUUUGUCUUUGCGAGGAGACCGCUUCGAUUCUCAUUGCAAGAGUUCCACGCAGUAACCGGGUUUGAAUACGAUACUCGUAUCUCGCUUGAGGAGUUCAAAGAGUGGAAAUAUGAUGGUGGUUUCUGGAGCAAGGUUUUGAGGAGAAAAGAUGGAACAAUUACACUCUUCAACCUGUGGACUAAGGACAAGGAAGCUGUUAAGAAGUGGAGGAAUGCAGAUCGCAUACGCCUUAUCUACUUGGCGAUCAUUCUUUGUGUGGUAUUAGCGAGAGAUGAGAAGGCUAAUAUCCCCCUCAAAUACAUCGCGGUGGUUAUGGAUCUUGACAGGGUUCGAAAGUAUCCUUGGGGAGUUGCUGCUUAUGACCUUCUCUGCAAGUCAAUAGCCAAAAAUUGUGACCAACUGAAGGAAAAGACUACUAGUUAUGUCUUGGAUGGAUUCUCAUACGCCUUGCAGAUUUGGGAAAUGGAAGUGGUAUCAAAGAUUGGAAAGCUUUGUGGAAAAAAGCUGGACAAGGGUUUCAAGAACGGUCCUAGAUGCAUAAACUGGAUGGGAGCUGCAAAGGUGUCAUAUGAGGAGAUCAUUCGGUUGGAGGAACUUAUUACACCCAAGGCGUUUCGCAGAGAUGAUGAUGUGGAGGAUGAUAGAAUCAAGGCUCUGAUGGAGUUGAUAAAGAAUGGGCAUGAUUUUAGUGAACAUGUUUGGGAAACUGAAGAAAAUGAAGUGGUUUCUUUAUCUCUUGAUGACGAAUCAGCUGUGAAUGAUGAAGCAAGCGUGAAUGUUGAAGCAGCCGAGAGUGAUGACGACUUUCAGACUUCGAAAGGAUCAAAGAACGUUGGUUCUAGAUCAAAGAGGGGUAAGAAGAGGCUUCUGGAUCGUGGUAUGGAGAAGAGGAAGCAUAAGGUUCUCGUAAGUGGCCCAAAGCAAGCUCCUUUUAAUGAAGACAUGAAGGCUUUUGUGACACAGUUGUUUGAGCACAACUUCUCUGGAAUGGAACAAAGGCUACAGAAACAGAUGGCUAAGACAUUUGAGCAGAUGCGGGCAGAGCUUAAAGAUUCACGUAAGGAAGCAAGCGUUGAAGUUGAGCUUGGAGAGCCUUCACCGACAAAGCCAUCGACGAGCCAGGCACCGUUGACGAGGUCCACACGCGGGGUAAAGAAACACUAG